AUGUCGCGAUCCAGUUUUGACGGCUCUUUCAUGCAGCUUGGCCCAGCUCAGUUCCGCUACCUCCCAGCCGAGUCGAUAGCUAACAGCCCUUCUACCCGCAGGAAUCGCGCGCUCUCAAUCCGUUCCGGCAGCAAGUCCAACAAGGGCUCCAGCUCCGGAAGCCAGCUACCAAGCUUCUCCUUCAGCUCGCUCCGUGGCCAAGCUCAACCCGAGCUGUCACGCAAGCUGUUCAAGCUAAUCAAGUCUGAGAACAACCUCAUUAACGCUCACGAGGCGGCGGGCCGCGAGCGCAUCAAUAUUGCAACCCAGCUGUCUGAGUGGGGAGAGCAGACGGGCGAUGAUGCCAUCAGUGACAUCUCCGACAAGCCUAGCCGCGACGGCAAGGCCAAGAUUGCGGAUGAGAUUGCGAAGCUCAAGAUGAAGGAACCGGAGAGUGCGAGACUGGUUGUCCUGGAGCAGGAGCUUGUUCGGGCAGAGGCUGAGAAUCUGGUUGCUGAAGCUCAACUGACCAACAUUACACGUCAGAAGCUCAAGGAGGCUUACGAUUCCGAGUUCCUCGCCACCAUUGAGCGAGCCGAGAAGCAGAUUAUUCUUGCCAAGCAUGGACGUCGUCUUCUGGCCCUUCUUGAUGACACACCUGUUAUUCCCGGCGACACCCGUCCCGCCUACGCUGAUGGUGGGCAGGCUCGUCAGAUCCUUAACGACUGCGAAGAUGAUCUUCGAGACUGGCGGGCAGAGACUGAAUUGUAUGAUGCUCCCGCUGCUGAGGUAUCCCCUGUGAAGGAGAAGCAGCCGGCUUUGGAUGUUGAGGCGGAUACUGGCGUGAAGGAGACUGAGAUGGACGUCAAGGCGGCUGCGUAA